GAAUAAGGACUCCCCAGCGCUCUCGCUGCGUACGUGCUGUGUGAGGUUCUAACUUGGGGCGUUCACACUGGCUGCAAAUGUUCAGGUUCCCGCAGCGAGAAGCGGGACGCAUCCUCCGCGCCGCUCCUUUGACUGUGAAGUGAGCUCGCGUUGUUUCUGUCCGCUGGAGCUGUCCUCUCCAAACUAACCAGACUCCGUGAGCUGCUCGAUGUAAGGUGCGGUGGGAGGCACGUCUGUUCCCGGGAGUGCUGGUGGGUACUUGCCCGGAGAGGGAGAGACAGCCGUCGCCUCGGCAUGCAAACCAAAGUUUGAUUCAGAUUUCUCGCCAAGAUUCCCCUAUCCAGCCGCGGGUAGUACUAUGUGGCUUUGUGUUCGCAGGAAAAGUGCACAAAGCACUUCGUGUCGGGGAAGUUUUCUGAAUGAAGUUUUCUUUAAAUCCCUUUUUGCCCCCCCAACAAAAAUUGAGCUCUCCCUGAGGAGGCAUUUGAAUCUUUGCCCCUUGGCGGGGGGAGGUCCUCAUCACACAGUAGCGGGACCCAACUCCGCAGGAAGUGUUUCGCCACAUCACCCUACCUUGGAGAGUGCGGCCCUUGGCAACUGCGUUAGCCCGGCUAGUCCGGAGAGGGUUGGUUACCCUGCGGUCAGGGGACGGAUUCCUGAGUAAGCGUAGCCACCGGCAAGACCUAAGAAUGCAGGUCUUUGGACAUGGUGCGGGGACAUGGCUUCUCCUGGGCUUUGUAGCUGUGACCUUGAACUUCAUUAGCAAGGCACAGGGUCAAGUUGCCUCUCCAACAAGAUUAAAGUUUUCUAUAAUGUCUCAGGACAGUGUGAAGAUCACAUGGAAAGCCCCUAGGGGAAAAUUUCAAGAAUACAGAUUAACUGUGACACCAGUUGUAGGUGGCAGACCCCAGAUGCUAAGCAUACGGAAGGGUGAAACGGCGGCUGUUGUGGAAGGACUCCUCCCAAACCAGGAGUAUGUAGUACAGCUGUUUGCCAUCAACAAUAAAAAAGAAAGUUCACCAGCUAUGGGCCGGUUUACAAUGAAGGCAUCUCGAAGCAGAGGCAGGCAAGGCUCACCUUCACAAACAAAACCAAAGAAAGAAUUGGACUCUCGAGGCAGCAGUAAAGCAACUAUUGAAGGCUCUCAGUUUCUGUGCAAGUCACCUGCUAUUGCAGACAUUGUCAUUCUGGUGGAUGGCUCCUGGAGCAUUGGCCGACUUAACUUCCGACUCGUGCGGCUGUUUUUGGAGAAUUUGGUUAGUGCUUUCAAUGUAGAUUCUGACAAAACGAGAAUAGGAUUGGCUCAGUACAGUGGAGACCCACGGAUAGAAUGGAAUCUAAAUGAAUAUACCACAAAGGAGGCUGUACUGGAUGCUGUCAGAAACCUGCCUUACAAAGGCGGCAACACGCUCACAGGCCUCGCUCUAACUUACAUCCAGGAGAAUAGUUUUAAACCCGAGGCUGGAUCCAGAGCCGGAGUGCCGAAGAUUGGGAUCUUGAUCACAGAUGGCAAAUCGCAGGAUGAUGUUUUUCCGCCGGCUAAAAGCUUACGGGAUGCGGGCAUCGAGCUCUUUGCCAUAGGUGUGAAAAACGCAGAUGCAAACGAGCUGAAGGCAAUAGCCUCCGAGCCUGACAAGACACACGUUUACAACGUGGCUGACUUCAACAUCAUGAACACGAUCAUUGAAAGCCUCACAAAGACGGUGUGUGCACGCGUGGAAGAACAGGAUAAAGAGAUAAAGGAAGCAACGGGAAGCGUGACUUCAGCCCCAGAGGCACCCACGGACCUCGUCAUCACUGAUAUCACUGCUCGGAGUUUCCGUGUCAGCUGGUCACAUGCACCGGGGAACGUGGAGAAAUAUCGCGUAGUCUAUUACUCCACCACAGGUCAGCCAGAAGAGGUGGUUGUGGAUGGGACAGAGUCAACUGCUGUCCUCCAGAACCUGAUGUCCCUGACGGAGUAUCAGAUUGCAGUGUUUGCCGUUUACACAAAGGCUGCAAGUGAAGGUCUUCGAGGCGCAGCAACUACACUGGCACUUCCCGCAGCUGCGGACCUGCGCGUGUACGACGUGACCCACAACAGCAUGAGAGUUAAGUGGAGACCUGCUGAAUCUGCUUCUGGUUACAUGAUCCUUUAUGCAGCACUCACAGGGGGAGACACAGCCGAUGAAAAGGAGGUAAAGGUGGCUGAUUUUGUUACGGAUAUAGAACUGGAAGGUUUAAUGCCAAACACUGAAUACACUGUGACCGUGUAUGCCAUGUAUGGAGACGAGGCAAGCGACCCUCUGACUGGACAAGAAACAACAUUGCCACUUACUCCUCCCAAGAACCUUCAGUUCUCCGAAAUUGGGCACAGUACAGGCAGGGUCAGCUGGGAAGCAGGAUCAAAGAAAGCUCUGGGUUAUCGUGUCAUGUAUGUGAAAACUGAUGGGACUAUGAUGAGCGAGGUUGAAGUUGAAGAUACGACAACUUUUUUAAGAAACCUGACAUCACUUACAGAGUACACAAUUGCAGUGUUUUCGAUCUAUGAUGAGGGACAAUCAGAGCCACUGACGGGCAGCUUUACCACAAAGAGCGUUCCCAAGCCGUUAUCCUUAAGGGUCAGUGAUGUUUCUCUGGACAAGUUCAGAGUUAGCUGGAAGCAUGCUGCUGAAGAUGUUACCUUGUACAGACUAGCAUGCACUCCCUUGAGUGGGGAAGAGGCAAAAGAGUUUGUCUUCAGUGGGGAUACAGACACAGUAAUUCUUGAUGAUUUAUUGCCUGGGACAGAAUAUGAAGUGUCUCUCUCAGCAAUAUAUAGCGAUGAGGCGGAAAGUGAAGCUGUUACUGUCCUUGAAACUACACUUCAGCAAAUAGUCACGACAACACCAACCACUACAACCACUCUUCCUCCAACUACAGUAGUUGUCCGAUCUGGAAUAAGGAACCUGGUCCUGGAUGACGAGACCACGUUCAGUGUCCAUGUGUCGUGGGAGCCUGCUGAUUCCUUCAUCACCCAGUACAGAGUCUCUUACGUCUCUCUCAAAGGAGAUCGGGCGGAAGAAGCGGUGAUGGUUCCAGGGAGAGAGAACACCCUCAUCCUCCAACCUCUGCUUUCGGACACCGCAUACCAAAUUACAGUAACGCCGAUUUAUGUCGACGGAGAAGGCGCCAGCCUCACGGUUACGGGGAAGACAUUGGCACUGUCCGGUCCCACAAACCUGCAAGUGUCAGAUGAAUGGUACAACCGUUUCCGGAUUAGAUGGGACCCUCCACCAUCACCAACUAUGGGCUACCGAGUGGUGUACACCUCUGCAUCUGCUCCUGGGCCAGUUCUAGAUACCUUUGUUGGAGAUGACGUGAACACCAUGUUCAUUCUUAACCUACUCAGUGGAACCGAAUACCUCGUCAAAGUGUUUGCAACGUACUCCACAGGUUCCAGCAAGCCGCUGAUAGGAAGAGCCAAGACACUAUAUCUCGGGGUGACAAAUCUUGCCUCGUAUGAUGUUCGGAUGACAACCAUGUGCACCCGCUGGCAGUUACACCAACAUGCCACUACCUAUAGAGUGCUUAUCCAAUCCCUCCAAGGUGGAAGGAAGGAAGAAGUGAUUGUUGAUGGAGGGACAUCUCGUCACUGCUUUUAUGAUCUUAUUCCAAACACCAAGUACAAGAUCAGUGUACACGCCCAGCUGCAGGAGAUAGAGGGACCGGCCGUGAGCAUACUCGAAACAACAAUUCCUGUUCCGACGGAGCCACCAACUUCUCCUCCAACAACUGUCCCGCUGCCAACCAUUCCACCAGCCCGGGAGGUUUGCAAAGCUGCCAAAGCAAAUCUAGUCUUCCUUGUGGAUGGCUCGUGGAGCAUUGGGGAUGAGAACUUCGUCAAGAUCAUCGGCUUCCUGUACAACACAAUUGGAGCUCUGAACAAGAUCGGCCCAGAGGGGACUCAGGUUGCGAUCGUUCAGUUCAGUGAUGAUCCCAGAACAGAAUUUCAACUUAACACGUACAAUGACAAAGAGAGGCUCCUCCAAGCUAUCCAACGCAUUAGGUACAAGGGUGGAAACACAAAGACAGGUAAAGCCAUAAAACAUGCCAGGGAUUCCGUGUUCACAGUCGAGGCAGGAUUGCAGAGAGGCAUCCCCAAUGUCUUGGUGGUCAUCACGGAUGGUCGAUCCCAAGAUGAAGUUGAGAAGAUUUCCCAAGAGAUGCAGAUGGAUGGGUACAGUAUCUUUGCAGUUGGCGUCGCUGAUGCUGAUUACUCAGAGCUCAUCAGCAUUGCAAACAAACCCAGCAGCAGGCAUGCCUUCUUCGUGGACGACUUUGACGCCUUCAAGAAGAUUGAGGAUGAGCUUGUCACCUUUGUCUGUGAGACGGCCUCUGCAACUUGCCCGAUGGUCCACAUUGGAGAAAACAACCUGGCAGGAUUUAGAAUGAUGGAAAUGUUUGGGUUGGUUGAGAAGGAAUAUGCUUCUGUAGAAGGUGUGUCAUUGGAGUCUGGCUCAUUCAACAGCUUCCCCUGUUUCAGGCUUCACAGAAACGCCCUUGUUUCACAACCUACAAGGAACAUCCACCCAGAGGGGCUGCCGUCGGAUUACACCAUCACCUUUCUGUUUCGCCUGCUGCCCGACACUCCCCAGGAGCCCUUUGCCCUCUGGGAGAUCUUGAACAAGCAGCGUGAGCCCCUGGUUGGAGUCAUCUUGGAUGAUGGCAGGAAAGCUCUCACUUAUUUUAACUACGAUUACAAGGAUGAGUUCCAAACUGUCACCUUCGAUGAUCCAGAGGUUAAGAAGAUUUUCUAUGGCAGUUUUCAUAAGGUGCACGUGGUGAUCACCAAAACCCAAGCAAAGCUGGUGGUUGACUGCAAGCAAGUAGGGGAGAAAGCGAUCAACGCAGCAGGAAACAUCAGCACCAAUGGGGUGGAAGUCCUGGGACGGAUGGUGCGCUCCAGGAGCCCGAGGGACAAUUCUGCAUCAUUCCAGUUGCAAGGCUUUGAUAUUUCCUGUUCCACGUCCUAUGCAAACAAGGACAAGUGCUGCGAACUUCCUGCUCUGAGAGAUGAAGGCAACUGUCCAGCCCUUCCUCAUGCCUGCACUUGUUCUCAAGACAGUAAAGGACCACCUGGGCCCUUGGGUCCUCCGGGCAGCCCGGGUUUACGAGGGCCAAGAGGUGAGAGGGGAGAACAAGGUCAACGGGGUCCUGGUGGUCAGCGGGGUGAGAUGGGCAUGCCAGGUCUUCAGGGUCAGCCUGGGCCACAGGGACCAAGUGGACUCUCGAUUCAAGGUCCUCCGGGGAGUGCUGGUGAAAAGGGCGAGAAAGGGCAGAUUGGUCCCAUCGGUCAUCAGGGUCUGCCAGGUCCCCGAGGACUCCCAGGACGAGACGGGCCACCAGGUCAAAGGGGUCCCAUGGGUAAAGAUGGAUCUGUUGGGCCACCAGGUUCACCUGGGCCAGUGGGGAGUCCAGGAGUCCCAGGUUCCCCUGGAGCUGCAGGAAGUCCCGGUCCUCAGGGCGACAUAGGACCUCCCGGUCCUCCUGGUCUGAAAGGAGAAAGGGGCCCAAGGGGAGAUGCCCAGUCACAGGGAAUGGUUCGUGUCAUUGCCCAGCAAGUGUGUGAGCAGCUUAUCCAGAGUCACUUAUCACGAUACAACUCCAUUCUCAACCAUGUCCCCAGCAACUCUGUCCAAGUGAGGGCAGCGCCAGGGCCCCCAGGAGAACCAGGCCGCGAGGGGCCUGCAGGCCCACCAGGAGAACCAGGUCCUCAAGGUCGACCAGGAUUCCCCGGCACAUCAGGAAUACCAGGCCGACCAGGGGAAAGAGGUCUGACAGGUGAAAAGGGAGAUCGGGGAUCUCCAGGCGUCGGUAAGCAGGGCCUGAGAGGACCUCCCGGAGCACCAGGCCCUCAGGGUGAGGGACGGACUGGGCGCCAAGGACCUCCGGGGCUCCCAGGACAACAAGGUAGCUCGGGACGUACAGGACCUAGAGGACAAAGAGGACCACCUGGACCACCAGGUUACUGUGAUGCCUCUACCUGUGCUGGCUACAAUAUUGGAGGUGAAUACAGUGAUCCAACCGAUCAAGACGUCCCUGUAGUACAAUUGCCUCCAAACUCCCAUCGAACCUAUGACCAUUAUGAUGAGCGAGAACUGUACAUGUACCAGGGGUCCUACCCCUACCCAAACCCACACUCCCAGCCCUCCUACCCAGAGCCUCGCCGUGCGGAGUCGGAUCAUCCUUUUGAGGGGGACGGCGAUGAAUCGGAAACAGUUGAGAUCCAGUCACCAGGUGUUAGACGAUCCGCAAGGAGCAUUUCUAAAUGGAGCAGCACAUCUUCAAGCACAACAAAGGGGAGCCAAUAGAUGAGCCUCGUAAACAUGGUGUAAAAUCUCACCUGUUUGAACCCUAUGAAAUGGGCAGUGGAUUCAACUCCUAGAUUAAAAACAGGGACUUCAGCAGAGAUGAUUUUUUAAAAAAAAUUAUGUAACAAUAAUCAGGUUAUGUUGUUGCUAAAUUAAAGCAUUCAUGCCAUUAAAUGAGAAAUGAAUUUUCAAAAGAUUUAACAGAGUGUUAAGUAUUUUAGCAGUACAAAUGUUGACUGAUCAUUUUAAAUCACUAAUCUUACUGAAGAUUAGUAGGGUGCUACCAUAUCAGGUUUCUGUUACAUUCCAAGAGCAUAAAACUGUUGUAACCGUUCUGUACCAUUUCGAUUUGUGUUUGAUUGAUUCAUUGCAUUGUUGAAAUUUGUAUCGUACUUAGCAAAAACAACUAAUUUGGUCUAAGUACUAUCAAACAGCAUAUGAAUGGUUACACACUGAAACUGAUUCAAAAGUCAUUGGACAAUUUUUUAUUUGUAGAUGACUUGUGGCAGAGUUGUCAUACAAACUUGCUGCAGCAAUGCAGAGCUGCACUGCUAUGAAUAGAAACCUUGCAAAGAUGAAUUUGUGCAUUUGCUACCCAGUGAAGCAGUUUAAAUGAAGAUUGUAUAGUUUUUCCCAACUUGUCUAUUCCCCUAUGAGCUCUUGGCAGAAUCUAGCAGGUAAUUUAUUUGGAUGAAAUGGUCAUUGUUCAAGGAGCAAGUAAAUAAAAGAAAACAAGUACCAACUUUUAAAGAAUGUCUCCCUUCAUUUUGCACAGGGAAAAUGAAACUUUCAUAGCUGCACAUUUCCUGAUAUUAAUUGACAGUCUGAAUUCUUUAGAUAUUUGAUUGGUCUGUCUGCCCUGAAGUUGCUAAUGCUGUCUAGAUGUCUAUCUGUACAUCCCAUUUCCAAUAGGUUUAGUACUCCUUGGGGCCAUAAGUGUUUCAGAUUUUGGAACAUAUAACAAGAUAGCUUGGGAUCGCCGUCAUUUCCAACUUUGACUUUAUGUGUGACCUGUCAGCAGUCUUUGUUUUACACAUAUUUAUCAUGCAUGUAUUGACACAGCCAUUCAGCAUGUUAGAUUUUCAUUUGCAAUGACCUUAGCAAACACACCAAUGAAUUUCUCUGUUGCUUUGUGAUCAGCAGAUGCAUCAUCACCACAAAUCAUUACAAAUUUAAUAUGUCAUGCCUUUUCUUAAACUUUUGCUACCAGCCUGCUGAAUAUUCAGAAUUACUUCCAAUUUCUAGUUCAUCGUGAUAGAUCUUUGCUUGUAUCAUGAUCAACAUGUCUUUAAAUAUGUUUACACUGAUGAAUUCACUCCUUCAACACACAAUUGAGAUCUUCACUUUUUGUUCCAUGCAGUGUUUUCUAUUAGCUUCUGUUCAUUACAUACGUGAGGUCACUUCUCAGAACUGUCUGUGAUGCACAGGGACCUGUGUAUCGCCUGGGAACCUUCCCAGCAUCUUGUGGAAUUUUCCAUUUGGGACAUCAUGUCAGCGGUAAAAAAAAAAUUCAGAUUUUGGAACUUCGAAUAAUAAGUAACUUUAAUAAGCAAAAGGAGGUAAUACACCUAUGAUUUUUUUCCUUUUAUUCCAGUAAGAUCAACUUUUAAACUCUGCAUAGGACAGAUCAUGUCCCUAAUAUUCCAUUAUUUGAAAAUCCCAAACAAGUUUGUUUUGCUCAGUGCAUCUCUUAUUGGUAAAACUUACACACAAAAUUUUCUUUACAUCCUUUAAUUCUGUUCCUCUAACUCACACAGAGUUCUAUUUCCUUUUUAGCUCUUAAGACAUUUUAACCAGUUGAGUGGCAAUAUAAAAAGUUGUGUAGUGAGGUAGCACAUUCACUUUUUCAUCUUCCAGGACGGGAAAUCAUGAAUACCAAUUAAAUUAUAAGCAUGACUGUUUGGUAAAGAAAGUUACCUGACCAUUCAAAUUGUUGCUGUGUUAGUGCCGGGACGUGUGGCAACACUUGCUCACAGCCCCCAGCACAUUCUUAGGCUGUGUUGGUGGGUACAAAUGACACAUUUCACUGUAUGUUUCCAUGUACAUGUAAUAAAUAAAACAAACCUGAAUUUGUUUCAAGAGCCUUGAACAAAUAAUUGAAUCUCUUCUUCCUCCUUGUAGCCAAAACUUAGGCUGCAGCUUUACCAUUUGAGUUGUGUUGCUGCUGACAUUAGAAUCAUAGAACAAUUCAGAUGGAUACAUGCUUGCACCGAUUACUACCUACCCACAUAGUCCCAAUAUCUUGUGCUUGGCCCAUAUCCCUCUAAGACCACCCCUCCAGAUACCCAUUCUACCUGCCCCAACUACUUCCUCUGGUAGUUUGUUGCAUAUACUCGCCACUCUCUGCAUAGAACAGUCGCCGCUCGGGUCCCUUUUAAAUCUUUCCCUCCUCACCCCAAAUCUACGCCGAUAGUUUUGGACUCCACAACCCUGGGGAAAAGAAUGCUACUGUCCACCUUGUUAUCUAGGCCUCUCAUAAUUAUAAACAUUUCUAUAAGUUAUCCCUCAUUCUACUCCUUAUAACUCAGUUUUGGCAACAUCCUUGUAUUUUUUUUCCUGCACUCUUUCCAGUUUAACUACAUCUUUCUGUAACAGGUAACCAGAACUGUACACAGUACAUAGAACAUGGAAACCUACAGCACAUUACAAGCCCUUCGGCCCACAAUGUUGUGCCGACUAUGUAACCUACUCUGGGAACUGCUUACAAUUUCCUUACCACAUAGCCCUCUAUUUCUCUAAGCUCCGUGUACCUAUCCAAAAGUCUCUAAAAGAUUUUAUUGUAUCUGCCUCUACCACCGCUGCUGGCAGUGUAUUCUAUGCACCCACCAUUCUGUGUGGAAAAACUUACCCCUCAGUACCUACUUCCAAGUACUGUACCUUAAAACUAUGCCCCCUCGUGUUAGCCAUUUCAGCCCUGGAAAAAAGCCUCUGGCUAUCCACACAAUCAGUGCCUCUCAUCAUCUUGUACACCUCCAUCAGGUCACCUCUCAUCCUCCGUCACUCCAAGGAGAAAAGACCAAGUUCACUCAACCUAUUCUCAUAAGGCAUGCUCCCCAAUCCAGGCAACAUCCUUGUAGAUCUCCUCUGCACUCUCUCUAUAAUAUCCACAGCCUUCCUGUAGUGAAGUGACCAGAAAUGAACACAGUAUUCUAAGUGGAGUCUGACCAAGGUCUUGUAUAGCUUUAACAUUA